GUCAACACAUAUUAUGUUAACAUUAAAAAGUAAAGUGCUGAUUCGUCUAAAGUAAAUGAAAAUGGAACAUUAUCAAAUUAAACGGGGAAGUAAUUUGCAAACUAAACAUUCCUGUAGAAUUUACAACUAUUUAAAUGGACCAUAUCUGAGUCACAAUUUUCUUAUCCAUUGUGGGGGAUACCUGUUGGAAGAAAAUGGCAUAAACGAUUCAAAAGAAUGGAAAAUAUUUUGGCGUAUAUUUCCAGCCGGUGGCAGAUAUUCAAAAGUCGGCGACGUCAUAUCCUGUGCAUUUUGGUAUUUGUUGAUAAUAUAUCCAUUUGUGACAAUAGGAACUGGAAUGUAUUAUGGUAAUAAAGUAAAUAUAAUAAAUGCUGUGAUAUUGUGUCUAAUGUUAAUGUAUCAUCUAGUCAGUAUAUUUAUCAUCAUUAAAAAUACCAGUAAAUUAAAAACUAUGUGGUGCAUUUCUAAGUUAAAUCUAGAGAAGUAUGUUGGUUUAGAGAAUGCUAUAAGAGAAGUCAGUAAAGAGACCAUACAUAACCUUGACCUUAUUCCAUUUGAAAAAAGAAAGAAAAUCACUGAAAAGCUUUAUCAAUUAGCAGAUGCUAGUGCAGUAGUGAUGUUGUGUACCAAAUCGUUUUGGAAAAGCUGCUUAAUAGAUCCAGUCGUCUGUGUAGUUUGUCUGGCUUCAUUGAAUUUAAUAGCUGUUUUAGUUCAAUUAGAAACAAUGAACACUGACAUUCUAAUAUCAACACAUACAUGA